AUGUGUGGUGUGCGGACUGCGGCGCAGGGAGAGGGGGGCCCGGCGACGAUGGCGGAAGACCGCAGCUGGAUGUACACUGGCCGCCAGAGCAGGAAGAAGUUCACCCCCGAGUGGUUGGAGAAGACGACCGAGUUCGUGGAGCGCUCCUUCCACGGCGUCCCGCCGGAACGCCAGGACGUCGGCAUGCUGUGCCCCUGCGCGCGCUGCCGCAACCGCAACAGGCGGCCAAGGACCAAGUACGCAAUGCAGCUGGAUCUGGGCAGGAACGGCUUCAUGCCAGGGUACACGGUGUGGGUGCACCACGGCGAAGGCCACAACCCCCAGCCUGCUAAGCCGUCCGACGACCACCCCGGCGAAGAGAAUCUUGACGGGAAGAAGGAUGGCGCCGGUGGUGGCGAGCAAGUGUCGAAGCCGCAGGGGACUAAGGAGUGGGAAAUGCCCUUGCUUGAGGCGUAUGCAAGAAGCAAGCUACCAAAAGAGGAUCAAAUUAAGUGGAGCUACCAAAAAUACCUGUGGGAACAAGAGAAAAUCAAGCAGCAGCAGCAGCAGAGUGCACCAAAGACAAAGAGGCUGCGCACCUCUGGUUCGCCCACUGCCAAGCCUGCUGAAGAUGAAGGGCGCAAUGUCAGCGUCCCGGAGCCUGAACUAGAAGAUACGGCAACGUCAACAGCUGAUGGCCCUGCAGCUAAUCCGGCAACGACAGCCAACGCGCGUGGAGUUCAAAUCCCAGCU